UAUGCGGACUGUGAAUCGGAAUGAAUUAGUGCGAGUUUUGCCGUCGUCGGUGCUACUGAUGCUACAGUUGUUGGCUGACUGGCUGUUUUUGUUUAAACUUGUGUCAAAUAGUGUGAUUGUUGUUCCACUCAUUCAAUUGGUACCUCCUAGGUGAGGGUCUAUUGUUUCACCACAGCCGCACCUAGCUGUGCUUACGGGAUUGUGCGUUUGUGUGCCGUACCGUGCGUGGGUGUAAACCGGAAAGGAUUGGUACAUAUCAGUGUGGAGUGUGCAAUAGAUUGCUAAUCGAAAGGCCUACUACUAUGCAAGCGGGAUUCGUCUUUUAAGUACAGAGAGUCACCCUGCGCGUGUGUUUAACAGCGUACUGUGAUCGAUCCUGUGUGCAGUUUCUGGGAAAUGUCCAGAAAAGGCAGAUGAAAAGAAGAGAAACUUGAAAAAAGAAAACAGGCUUGUUUUGCUGUUUUUAUUACACUGUGAACUACUGCUCAGGUGUUCUCUUUGCUCGACAAAGCCUAUCUAAUGAAAGUAACAUUUAUGCUGAGUCGUGAAUCUAGUGUCUGGUGACUAUUACUGUCGGUGAAAAAUUAUUUCGCCCAUUUCUAAACGAUUCCUAGAAGAACCGAAACAAGGGAAUCCUUCCCGACACAAUAGCUGUGGUGAGACUGAGAUUAGAUCGGUUAUGUGUGUGCGUGCGUGGAAAAAGAGAUAACGACAGGCAGUGUCCUUUUUCAGAAGCAAUCGUAACGCACCAUCGUAAAUGAUCGAUGACGAACGACCGAUCGUCGGACGGAAGUUUCCACAACUCAUCGACGACACCGCUUUUUGUCGCACCAAACCCGAACCCUGGGGACACAGCCCAGAAGAAGUGAACCGACACGUGAUCGGAAUUAGAACUAGUGAGUGGUUCCACCCACACUGCGCUACACAGGGCGAUCGCCGAAAUACUGUCGCAGUGCGCCACCAAGUCGGCAAAGCGAAGCAUUAUUAUUGGGACGUGUGUUAUUAUUGAUCGUUCCCUAGUAAAAACUCGAAAAAUAAUUAUUCAUUGCGCGCCGUUGUUGCCGUUAGGUUCCGGAUUUUUUCUUAUCUUCAUCGAAGACCAAGACGACAACGCCAACGACGACGACAACAAAAAAAAAAAAAAAACAACAACAACACCACUGUUCGGUCAGUUGACUGAUCGUCGCAUGUGUUGGUGUAUGAAAGUUUCCUCGUGCUCUGAGUGUAUCACCCGUCGCUACUGCAGUGCUUCAUUGUGCAUCGUUAGCUCAGUCUAUUAUCAUCUGGUUGUUAUCUCGUAGUUCAUGUGUGUGCAUGUAUCUGUGUUUAUCUAGUAGCCGUUCGUGGAAGUAAUCGACUGCCGUUUGUUUUAGUAUUUCUCGCUGCUGCCAUCACAAGUCAGCUUAGUAACCAUCGUCGUCGCGAAUAUAAUUCCGAGAAAGAAGCAAAAGUAAUAUUAUUAUGAUUAAGAGUGGCUCAUAAUUGAGAUGAUUAUUAGUGGCUGAAUCAGCGAAUAUACAACACAACUGGCGUUAAACGCGACGGUGCCGGUUCUACUUCCCGCGAAGAAAGUGCGUAUGCUCAAAGUGGCGCACGGCUGCAUCAGGCUGUGCUAGGCCCAUAAGAAGCAAUUCCGCGGAAGCGUGAUCCCGUGUGUUCGCUCUAUUGUGAGCGAUAGUGUGAGCUCGAGAGCAAUAAUUGCUUUCGCCCAUUUAUUGCUCGUUUUAUUUUUCGAUGAUUUUGUAAUGAUCAGUUGAAAGCAGUGCAAAAGAUCAGAGCAAAAAAGGUGUUUCCAGUGAUUCUAUGUGUUGGUGAUCGUGCCCAUCACUGCUGGUGCUGUGUAGAGGAAGGUGAAAAUCGAGGGCGAAAAGCGUGGAAAUUUCACCCAGCUUUUGUUGUUUUGUUUUAUCCUGGUCUCUCACUCUGUGCGUGUGUGUGAGUGCGAGAGUAGUUUUUUUUUGUUCGUAUUUACGGUGUGCGAUCGAUACGACCGAUCGCUUGGUAGAGUAGCAGCUGCCGAGGAACCGGAGCCGCUAAACUGAGCAGGCCAUUUCGACAGUGUAAACAAAAGUCGGAGCAAAAUGCGCGAAUUCAAGGUCGUUGUACUGGGCUCCGGCGGAGUUGGCAAAUCGGCCCUCACCGUGCAGUUCGUGUCUGGUUGCUUCAUCGAAAAGUACGACCCAACGAUCGAGGAUUUCUACCGGAAAGAGAUUGAGGUGGACAACUCUCCCUGCGUGCUAGAAAUUUUAGACACUGCCGGCACCGAGCAAUUUGCGUCGAUGCGGGAUUUGUACAUUAAGAACGGUCAUGGCUUUAUCGUUAUGUACUCGCUAACGAAUCACCAGACAUUUCAGGAUAUCUCCAGUAUGCGAAAUGUGAUCAGUCGUGUGAAAGGUAGUCAACCAGCACCAAUCCUCCUAGUCGCCAAUAAACUAGAUUUAGAUUGCCAAAGAGAAGUUUCAACAGCAGAAGGAAGCGCCCUCGCCGAACUGUGGGACUGCCCGUUCAUCGAAGCCUCCGCCAAGGAUAGGAUCAACGUGAACGAAGUGUUUGCAACCGUUGUCCGGGAAAUGAACAUGACCUCCGAGAAGCGCCAGAAGAAGAGUUACUGUUGUUGUACAUUAUUAUAGAAGUGGCAUUAAAAGCGUAAUUUUAACCCCCCUCGUAAUCGUAAUUUAAUACUAUGGUAAUUGAAAUUAAUAUAAUUACAAGCUGAAGAACAGAAAAACAAAACCAAGCGAAAAGGUGACAGAAAAAAUCACUAUCCAAUUGCGGCCUGAUUGUUGCCGCCGAACUUUGUAGGUGUUUUUCGUCGUUCAAAAGAAACACACAUUUCGAAGCCAGAAGCAAACUGGAAAGGAACGAAUGCUUAGAGAAUAAUUUGUGAAAAGCACAGGCUGAAGAGAAAAAGGCUUCGAAACAAAAAAAAAACUAAAAAAUGAAACUUAUAUACAUAUUAAAUGUAAUGAUAAUAAUUAAUGGUAAAUUAAACUUUACACACCGAAAGAGAAACAAUUUUUGCGAGGUAGGAUUUAAUUGUGCAGCGCGCUAGAGAAUGCAAACAGGGCUAGGAAGUAGUAGAAGAGUAGGAGCAAGCGCGUCGAGGACAAUUUUUAAGGGUGUAUCAUAGGGAAACAAGUAGUAGAAGCUGAACGAUUUAACUGAAACUGGCACGAAGCUGGCAAGACAGAGAACGAGUGUAAACUUGAGUAACCGUUAAUAAAAAAAAGAAACAAGUAUGAGUGAUAUAGAAGUCAGAGUCGAACCGCACGUCUGUGUAUGUAAAACGAACGAUUACAUUGAUAAGGAAACUAAACUGUUUAGGGUAUAUUUUUAGCCAAGAUGUAGAAGGAAAAGCCUGUUUUUCCAUUAGUCAGAAUCAAUUUCUUUCAGGUAAAGAUUGAGAAAGAAAGGCCUGCUCGAUGUAUGUUCUGUUACGUAAACCGAUGAUCAGUUUGUUCAAUGCUAUUUUCGCCUCAUAUUUCCCAGGCUGAAGUACGAAAACUGGCAACAGAAAUAAAUGAAAAAAGUCUACGAAUGUAAGUUUAGAUAAUCUAGCUAUUUUAACUACGUUUCCGGUAUCGUCCUACAACGUUUCAUACACUAUCAGAAUAUCUGUCUAUUUUUUUAAGAAGAAAAAAAAUGAAAAACCAUAUCUGCCAAACUUAUUUUUGAGUACCAUGUAAACUGUAGCAUCUUCAUUUUGUAAAAUAAAAACGUUAUCUUUUCUCUGAAACUGAACGAUGAGAUUUGAAGUGGGGAAAAAACAUUGGAAACUGAUAAAUGAGAAAACCCGAGUGAUUAAAUGCAUGUGAAUGCAGCAAACCAACCAUUGAGUAAAAAUUAUACUGAUCAAUAUGAAAUCAUCUAGAAAUAUGAAUAAAGAAAAAAUGGCAUAUACAGCAUACAUAUAGGUGUAAUAAGAAGGCAAGGAAACAAAAAACAACCUAUUUUUAUCAUUACAUUUUUGUAUACACAACUGCAGCAGACUUUGAAAAAAAAAACACCCUCACGAAUAGUAAAAACGGAAAAAAUACAUCAGAAGCAGCAAGCUGAAGAAAAAACGGAAAAUUCCAAUAGUGAAAUAUCAGAUGAUAAAAUGUGUAAUUAAUAAAAAAGUGAAACACCGAAAAUAAACUGAA